AUGAAAUUUGUAAUAUUAAUACUAUUGAUACAGCACUAUCAUACUUGUGAAAUCUAUUACAACAACGACAUCUCAUUUGAUUUCACAGACACCAUAGGCUCCAAUGUCUAAUUGACAGACAAAAAAAUCCUGAAUAUGAAUAUCUGUGGAUCAAUACCUUACUAGUGCGUCACUCAGGAUGAUAAGUAAAUCAUGGUGAGAAAUGAAAAGUCAACCUAAAACCUUAUAAUAGUUGAGAAUGAGGAAUGUGAUUUUUAUUCAAAGCAACACGAUUAUGCGAAAAAUGAUCUCAAACUUAUAGAUGAGAAUAAUCCCUUUGCAGGAGUGGUAUUGAAGCUUCAAGGAGUAGAAGACGAUGACAAUUUGGAACUCCUGCUAAUAUGUAGCAAUUCGGAUGCAUUUGAAAUUUAAACUCCUUGUGAAUAAGAUUAUUGUAUAAAACACUAAAGCGUUUGUCCGAUUCUUGUGACCAAUCCCAUAAUGAAAUUUUAUCAGUACUUAUACAUCCCCCUGGGUGUUAUUUUUAUGCUCUUAGGAAUAGCUCUAAUAAUUUUCGGAUUCCAAUUUUCGAGAUUGACCACUGUCUUGCUGGCUUUCAUGAUUGGGACUGCAAUAUAUACCAUAGUGUUGGGAGAAGGAGUCUUGGAUCAAGAUUCAAGCAAUUUCGCAAUAAUCAUAGUACUGUGUUCUGGUAUAGGAGUUGGAAUUAUCUACGCAAACACAACCUAUGUGAGAUAUUUACUUGGUGUGUUUAACAUGGGUCUAGUAUUUGGGGUAGUGCUUUCUCUGUUGUUGGAACCCUUAUUCUUGCAUUUAUUCAACAGUCAUCCAAUGUUUUUGGCCUUGACCUUAACACUUUCGAUUUCAGGAUUACUGUUUGGAUUUUUGGCAUGCAAAUUUCUAAACACCUUUGGUAUUGGAGCCACAGCCCUAGCAGGAAGUUACUUAUUGAUCAAGCCAAUUGGGUGGUUUGCAGGUGGAUAUCCAAAUGAGCUCUAUUUAGUAAAGAGGGGAUUUUAUGGAUUCGACAAGGAGAUCGAUUUUAGGUUCUACUUGUAUUUCUCCUCCAUAAUGAUCUUGACGAUUGGAAGUGUGUUUUUUUAAUAUAGACAAUUGAGAAAGAGGAUGAGCAUGGAUGAAAUGUUCGCUUACAAAGAAAUGGAUUAUUGUGAGAUGGGAAAUUUCGAAAAGGGCAACAAGUCUGAAGUCAAGGGAUUUGUAGAUGAAACUGAGGUAUUGCAUAUAAUAAUAGCUAUUUUGUAGGAGGUUAUGCAAUCUGUGUAAUUUGUUAAAAAGCUAGGAGAGACAGGACAGAGGAGAAGCGAUUCAAGCCAACAGAGUUAAUGA